CCUCCAAUUUGCUCCUAAACUCUGCCUUAUUCUGACGUUAAUCACACUAUAAAGCAGCUCCGCCUCUUCCCGCUUCUCUCCACCUCUCACCAUUCUCUCUCUCUCUCUCUCACAGACACACAGACGCACAUAUGGGGAACUGCUUGGUUCCUGAGUCCAGGAGGACCAAGAGUCGACCACGAUGUGCUGUGGCUCCAAGAGACCUGCAGGUGACUCAGCCGGAGAAGAGGCAACCGCUACAAGCUGCUCAUGCGCCCAGCAAAAGGGAGAAGGCAACCCCUGAACGACCGGAGCGCUCGGUUCGCUUCGCGGAUGACGACGGCGGCAAGAAGGAGGUCGUAAGAGUAAAGAUAGUGAUAACGAAGAAAGAGGCAGCUCGGUUUCUGUCCAUGCUUGCCGCCAGCGACGAUGGCGCAAAGAAGAAGAUGCAGUGCGAACUGGAAGGAGCCGGAGGGUGCAGUGGCAACCCCACCGGAGGCAUGGACUACUGGAGACCGGUGCUUGAGAGCAUUCCGGAGAGCUGCUGAGAAGAGUUUGGGGUGAUGAAAACAUAGCGUGUGCUGCGAUGGUUCAGUCAAUUCUUGGUCGUGUUCAGCGGACAUGCUUUCUGUGUAAUCAAUCAAAAGUAUCAACUCGGUUCACAUGUCCCUCAAAUUUCUCGGUUUGCAUCCUUUUGUCGUUGAUUCACAGGGUUUCUUUUAUCAUUUCCUCUGUGCCUAUGAACGUGAAACAAAGCUGAGACAGUCGCUAAUC